ACCUCUCUCUCUAAACUCUAAACCAUACAUCCAUGAUUUCACUCCACUCACUCUCAGCUUCUUCAACUUCCAAUCCGUUUACUGCCAAAAACGCCGAUGCAGUGAUGUCGAGUGUUGUUGUUCCUCAUCCUCUUAAAAUAAAGCUCUGUUGUACUUCAUCUCAUAAAUACCUGCGCCCGUCUUCGUUUUGUAGAGGAGUGAGCUCAAGGUUGUUUUUGCGCAGGAAUGAACUUCUUCUAGCGCGGGCCGAACACAAGGCCCGACAAGAAUCCUCUUCUACUUCGUCGACUAGCCCCCAGCUCCAGGACUCAAAUCCACCUGGAACAUGUGACCCUUUAUGUUCUAUUGACGAUACAAGUUCUGAAGAAUUUGAAGCUAGUUACCAACCAAAGACAGAUUUGGUGAAAGCUCUUGCAGUUCUGGCAGCUGCUGGAACAGGAGCUCUGGCCAUAAAUCAUUCGUGGGUUGCAGCGAACCAGGAUCUUGCAAUGGCGUUGUUGUUUGGAAUCGGGUAUGCUGGAAUAAUAUUUGAGGAAUCUCUUGCUUUCAACAAAAGUGGAGUUGGACUUUUGAUGGCUGUUAGCUUGUGGGUUGUAAGGAGUAUUGGGGCCCCAUCAACUGAGAUAGCUGUUUCACAGUUGUCUCAAGCAUCUGCUGAUGUCAGUGAAAUAGUGUUUUUCUUGCUUGGUGCAAUGACCAUUGUGGAGAUAGUUGAUGCUCAUCAAGGGUUCAAGCUGGUCACAGAUAACAUCACAACUCGCAAGCCAAGAACUCUACUUUGGGUGGUGGGUUUUGUUACAUUUUUCCUCAGCUCAGUCCUCGACAACUUGACAUCCACUAUUGUCAUGGUUUCAUUGUUGAGAAAGUUGGUGCCACCUUCAGAAUAUCGGAAGCUUCUGGGUGGGGUAGUUGUUAUAGCAGCAAAUGCUGGUGGAGCAUGGACACCAAUUGGUGAUGUUACCACCACCAUGCUCUGGAUACACGGUCAAAUAUCCACAUUGCAGACAAUGAAGGGCUUAGUAAUUCCAUCGCUGGUUUCACUGACUGUCCCUCUGGCUCUUUUGUCCCUCACUAGUGAAGUUAAUGGGAAAGGACAGAACACCGCGGAUGUUUUGGCAUCAGAACAGAUGGCUCCUCGAGGCAAACUUGUUUUCUCUGUUGGAAUUGGUGCUCUGUUAUUUGUCCCAGUUUUCAAAGCACUCACCGGGCUGCCUCCUUUUAUGGGAAUGCUGUUUGGACUGGGAGUUCUUUGGAUCCUCACCGAUGCUAUUCACUAUGGUGAAUCUGAGAGACAGCGCUUGAAAGUACCACAGGCUUUAUCAAGAAUCGACACUCAAGGAGCUCUUUUCUUCCUUGGUAUCCUCCUAUCAGUUAGCAGCCUUGAGGCAGCAGGUAUUCUGCGGGAAUUGGCAAACUACCUCGACUCCCACAUACCAAAUGUUGAACUGAUUGCAAGUUCAAUUGGAGUUGUAUCUGCGAUCAUUGACAAUGUCCCACUGGUCGCUGCAACAAUGGGAAUGUAUGAUCUCUCUUCGUUUCCACAAGAUUCAGAGUUUUGGCAGCUAGUAGCAUAUUGCGCUGGCACAGGUGGAUCCAUGUUGGUUAUCGGCUCCGCUGCUGGUGUUGCAUACAUGGGGAUGGAGAAAGUCGACUUCUUUUGGUACCUCCGGAAGAUAAGUGGCUUCGCUUUUGCUGGUUAUGCUGCCGGUAUUGCUGCAUAUUUGGCAGUCCAUAAUCUUGACAUUUCGCUUCCGACAACUCUAGCUCAGGUUCCUUUCCUUUCCGGUUCAUAGCUGAAACAAGUGUCCUAGUGUCGAACACAAAGGCAGCUCUUGGUAUGAAAUAUGUACCAAUGUUUUUGUUACACACAAUAAAGGGUGAUUCAUCAAGCCCUGGCAGUUUUGAAUGAACUGGUGAUGGAUUUGUCACAA